AUGUACUCUCGGGCAAUUUCCCUCUCCGGCCUGCUUGCCGUCCUCGGCGGCAGCGGUCUUGUCAAUGCAGUCUGCACUGGCAACGUCGUUGCCAUAGACAACAUCUACGACGCGAGUUGCAACACCCUCCACACUCUUUCGGUCCUCGAUACCCCUGGCAUCUGCGACUCGCAAUACUUCCUGUGCGCUGUCGGCACAAAGUCUAUCGAAGAGUACGACGAUCCUACCACGGGCGUUUCGUAUACCUGCGCUGCCGAUACGACGGCCGAGACCUGCGGUUCUGACACAAUCUCUUACUGCUGCACCUAUGGCUACAUUGAGUAG